GGUUCCGGGCCGAGGGCGCCGCUCCCUUUCACUGGGCGGCCGGCGGCGAGAGCGGAAGAAGGCUGGCCGGCCGAGCCUCGGAAGCUCCUCGCGCUGACAUGUCCUGCACGGCGGCCCCUUUUGGGUUUGCUUUAGAGGCCUACCUCCUCACCUUCUCUCCCCGGUGACGAUCCCUGCUCGGAGGGCAUCAUGUCGGACCUUGUGAUCAACCUGGACACGACAGCCCUUGGUCCCUCCGUGAAGAAGCGGCCUGAGGGGGCCAGCGCCAAGCACCGGCACUUUGUCCGCCGGCGCCAGUUCCUGGAGCGGAAGGGCUUCCUGAAGCCGAAGCAGCUCCCAAGCCAGCCGCCGGGGCCCAAGAGGGAGGCCUGUCAGGAGCGUCCUAUGGGGGAGAGAGGCAAGAGGCAGAAAGUGGACGGGCGCAAGGUGGCUCCUGCCAGUACUUCUCCGGCAGAGGGCUCUGCCAGCCGAGCCAAAGCUCCUCCGAAGGAGAACCUGAGCCGUGCCUUCCAGGACACUCCGGGAGCCUCUCCUGCUGGGGCCGCAGCCAUGCCCAAUAAGACAGGAGUGGGCUCUGCCAGGCAAAAUGGGGCUCCCGCCGGUGGCAGCAGCCUGAGGGACAUCUCACGAGCUGGCCUCUUGGGCGAGUAUGAGAGCGGCCUCCCCUCAGCUUCGGCCAAGCCCAGCAAAAUGGUGGCCAUUGACUGCGAGAUGGUGGGCACCGGGCCGGGCGGGCGGAACAGUGACCUUGCCCGCUGCAGCGUGGUCGGCUACUACGGGGACGUGAUCUAUGAUAAGUACGUCCGCCCGCUCAGCCCCAUCACCAACUAUCGGACCCGAUGGAGCGGCAUUCGAAGGCACCACAUGGCCAAUGCUGUCCCUUUCAAGGUGGCCCAGAAAGAGAUUCUUAAAAUCCUCUCUGGGAAAAUCGUGGUUGGCCACGCCAUCCACAACGACUUCAAGGCCCUCAAGUACUUCCACCCCAAAUCCCUGACCAGGGACACCUCGAAGAUCCCACUGCUGAACCGCAAGGCGGGUUUCCCGGAGAACGAAGCGGCCUCCCUCAAGCGCCUCACCAAGCAGCUCCUCCACAGAGACAUCCAGGUGGGACAGAACGGCCAUUCCUCGGUGGAAGACGCCCGAGCCACUAUGGAGUUGUACAAAGUGAUCGAAGCAGAGUGGGAGAGGCACUUGGCCACCACACCAGCGCAGGACUGAGCAUGCUCCAGAGGCUGCCCUGGUGCUGGAUUUGAACCGAGGAGGAGGGUCUUGGUAGCAGAAGCUAGGAGUGGUUUGAAGGAGGGGUCCCCUGCCCUGGAGCCCCUGAAAGGGAAGCGGGAGAAGAGAACCAUGGAACUGAACGGCGAGGGGAGAGGGGCAGGAACAAGACGCCUGGAGAGGGGCAAGGGGCCCAUUACACCCUUUCCACAGGAGGCCAGCCUCGGUGUGUUCUUGGAGGUCCCCCACUGGUGCUGACUCAUUUCUGAGUGGGUGAGACUCUGCUUUGGAAGCCCCCCCCGCCGGCUGGUGGGUGUCAUAAUGGUGAUAUCCGUUCUGGAAAUGACCCCUGGCCUGGGGGAAGAGGAGGGGUGCCUGGUGAGCAGGGCGGGUGGGCGAAGACCCGAGGCCGAGGCGGGACGCUGGAACAGCCCUCGGCCACCCAGUCGUGGCACUUUUAGGGCAGCCCGGCAGUGGCCUUAGGGACUGGUUUUGUGACUCCCCCCCCCAAGGGUUUUAGAAACAGAAAAAGGGGGAGAUGUUAGCCCUCCAGAAAAUGGUGGCAUUUUAGUUUCACAGCACUUGAUGUCAACCCGGAGACUUUCUGGUGUGUUUUUUUAAAAAACAAACUUGCCUUCUCACGAAGCCGAAGCGCCUGCUGCUCGCCUUCCACUCUCACUUUGAGGGGAUGCCCCGAGGCACAGAGGGUUUGGGCACUUGGAAAAAAGGCCGCUGGGCUCCAGGUGCUUCUCCAUCAUGUCAUGUGGGUAUAUGUUUUGUGUGUCCAGAUUCUGCCUCCACGCCUUGUGGCUGUCUUCUGGUGCUGCCCCCACAGUGGCCGAGGAGUUCCUUGGCUUGGCUGGUCCUCCAAUUCCCAGGGAAUGGCUGGCUGGCCAGCCGGACUUUUGUGCCGUUUUGGUGCAGCCCUGCUCUGCCCUUGGGGACUUCAGGGGGUUCUCUCGUCCCCAGAGCUUUGGGGCGAUGGUUCUUGUCCAGUUCUGUACUUUCACAAUCCCCUUCCUCGGGUGCGGAAGACGGUUCCCCCUCUCUCUGUCCUCCUGGAUUUGCGGGCUCCUUCCUUGUGGUUUGGAGGAAGAGCGGAGCCGAGAGGCACCCGUUCGAUCCAAACCUCCUCCUGUCCAGCCGUGCGGCCAGAAUGCCAGCCCGAGGCUAAGGCAGGCGGGGAGGGGCGUGUGUGGUUGUGGAUGUCAGGCGCCCUCACACCGCUGUCGCUUUGGACUUCUGAUGAUCCUGCCCAGGAGCGGGGCCUCCCAGCCGGGGGCUCGUCUCCCACAGCCCUGCUCUUCUCUUGCAAACUCACGCUUGUGGCGUCCUCGGCGUGGAGGGUCGUCCGAAGCCCUUUUGCCCCCUCUUGGAUUCAGCCCCACUUCAGGUAGCCUGGAGUUGGCCCAGCCGGCCGUGGGUCACCCUGGCCAGCUAGGAUUGGGCUCCGAAUCAGGCAGAGGGCUUUCCUGCUGCCAGAUGUUUUCUAUUCUUUAUAUUACUGAAACAAAGGGAACAACUCCUCACCGCCCUUGUACAAUAUGUGUAUUCUGAAUUUCCCAAACCAUGUGGUUUUCUCAACUGCUCCCUAAUGUAUGAAUUUUACACUCGGGGAUGGCAAAGAGCUUUUUUUAAAUAGAAAGAUGGGAUAUAAAUUCACGUCAUGACUUUGCCCGUCCACGGACUGCCUUUCGAAUGCUAGGAAGCAGCUCUUUGCCAAAAUGCUGAAAGGACGGCCCGAGCGCUGGUUCAAAGGCGGCGCUUCCACUAUGGGAAGUCCCCGGGGGGGGGGCUGCCUUUCCAGACAGCUGUGGGUGCUUGGUGGGGUCCCUCCUCCUCCUCCUCCCCAACGUUCAAUUCCAUGUGUUUUCAUUCUGACCAAUCAACGUUGUCCUCUGUCUGGGCCAAGAUGUGGCCGUUUCCGUUUUCCCAAAAUUAAAACGCUUCAUUUGUGGA